AUGUCCCUCACAGAGUACUGCACGCCCUAUGCGUCCUUCUUUGGAUUUGCAGGCGUCGCGUCCGCCAUGAUAUUCUCGUCCCUAGGUGCAGCAUAUGGUACAGCGAAAGCGGGAAUUGGUAUUGCGGGUAUUGGCCAAUUCAACCCUUCCCUCAUCAUGAAGUCACUGAUCCCCGUGGUCAUGUCUGGUAUCAUUGCCGUCUAUGGUCUCGUCAUGGCUGUCCUCAUCUCUGGAGACUUGUCACCAACAGACAACUACUCACUCUAUAAUGGAUUCGUACAUCUCGCAGCAGGUACCUGCGUAGGCAUGACAGGUCUCGCGGCAGGCUACACCAUUGGCAUCAUUGGCGACGCCGGUGUCCGCAGCUUCCUCGAGCAACCGCGUAUCUUUGUGUCAAUGGUGCUUGUGCUCAUUUUCGCCGAGGUGCUCGGCUUGUAUGGCCUCAUUGUGGGCUUGAUUCUCAAUACAAAGACAACAACCGAGUGCUAG